AUGCCCCUGGCCAGCUGUGGUCAGUCCUCCCUGACGGCGACGUGUCUGAUCCAGUGCUUCCCCCCCUGGCUGCGUCUCGCUCAGUGUCUGCGGCAGUUCUGGGACAGCAGGGACGCCGUCCACCUCCUCAACGCCGGCAAAUACGCCACCGUCUUCCUCAUGGUCCUGUUCGCCGGACUCUACAACAGAGCCAGAGUUAUCAUAGUGUUGCAUGUGCUGGUGUGUGUGAGCUGGGACCUGCGCAUGGACUGGACCCUACUGCAGGGCCACGGACUCCUGAGGAGAGAGCUGCUCUACACGCACGAGGCGCUGUACUAUGGCGCUAUGCUGCUGGACGUGCUGCUGCGUGUGUGUUGGGCGGUCAACAUCCUGCUGGCCCAGAUGAGAGACUCUGCAGCUGCAGCCGCCGUCAGCAGUGUACUCACCCCUCUGGAAGUGCUCAGGCGGUGUGUGUGGAACAUGUUCCGUCUGGAGAGCGAGCAGCUGAGGAACUGUGAGCUGAUGCGCGCCGUCAGAGACGUCCACUUCCCACAAUCCUGUGCGUGUCUGCCCGAGCACGUCCUGCGGGAGUGGACGCAGAACCAGAACCAGGAGACGGGCCCGGGUCAUCAGAACCAGCACCAGGAGAACCAGGAGAACCAGGAGGAGACGGGCCCGGGGUGUCAGAGUCAGCCCCAGUCCUGCACACACCUCCUACUCACCUGUUGGGGCAGAGUUACCGGCGCAGCUGUAUCAGCGGAGGAGAGAUCGCGAGAGGACAGUGAACCAACAUGGAUAGAGAAGAAGAUGUUGGACACGCCAAGAGUUGAAAAUGACCGUCAGAACCGUGACAUGAAAUGUGCUAUGCUGUGA